AUGAAGAGGAGGAAGAAAAGGAGGGCGGGGGUCAGAAGGAAAGAGAAAAUUAUUGGAGGGGUAUUAUUUUUUUUUGCUGCGAUGCCCUUAAACCCCGACCCGAACCCACCCAAACCCUCCCGGAAGCCCGACCCGUCCGCCCCCAAGAUCACCCGACCCUGCUCCGAGUGCGGCCGCAAGUUCUGGUCCUGGAAGGCCCUCUUCGGCCACAUGCGCUGCCACCCCGAGCGCCGCUGGCGGGGCAUCGACCCCCCGCCUUGUCUCCGCCGACCCGAAACCCCCUCCUCCGCCGCCGCCGACGGCGGCGGAAACUCCUCCUCCAAGGAGGAAGACGAGGAGGAGGAGGACAACGAGAUCGCCGCGUGCCUCCUGAUGCUGGCCGGAGCGCCGCCCGCCCCCCUCCUGAUGCUGGCCGGAGCGCCGCCCGUCCCCCACCUGUCUCCGGAGCACUAUUCCGACGACCUGGGCCCGCCGGCGACCUUCGAGUGCUCCUGUUGCAAGAAAGUGUUCAGUUCCCACCAGGCGCUCGGGGGCCACCGUGCAACCCACAAGAACGUCAAGGGCUGCUUUGCAAAUACCAAUAAGAACAGCAUUGACGGCCAGGAUUUCAUUGAGGGCUGCUGCUCGGUCGACAAUGAUCAAAUAAUCGUUCAUGGGCACAAAUGCAGCAUCUGUUUUAGGGUUUUCUCGAGCGGGCAGGCUUUGGGAGGUCACAUGAGGUGCCAUUGGGAGAAGAUCGAUGAACCGAUUUCUAGGGUUUUCGGGUUCGAUUUGAAUGUGGCUGCCCCGGUUCAUGAUGACGAUGAUGAUGAUGUUUGUUAUUCGGGCCGGGCUUUGGAUUUGAGGUUAGGGCUUUGA